ACUUUGACAAGUAGAUUCAGCACGUAAACAAAUGAAAAUGUAAGAAGAAGAAAAUUUAGAAAUGUUUUACUCAAAAAGAUAAAUAAAUAUUUUGUUGUGUGUCUAAUAGAAAUGGAUGAUUCCAAUUUCAAUGUAACUGUGUCUGCUAAGACGAUGCCGAAAUUAUCAACACGAAAAAUUCUCGUUCACUCAUUGACUGAAGCGCAGAAAGAGAUCUUCCUAAAAUACUUAAAAUAUGAUAUUCAAGUAGCGACUGGUAAUGUCCAUGAAUCCUUGAUUGCUCUGAUGGUAAUUGAACUGAACGGAACGAAUACAGCUUAUACCAAAACCAUUUGGUUGAGAUUGUUGAAAUCAUGGACGAAUUACAUAAAAUCAAGUGACUUCACCGGCUCGCCUUGUGACAACACGUUUAGAGAAAUGAUUGACGAUGAAUUGAUAGCGGUACAACCAUCAACAUAUCAACUGUCGUGUAUACUUAAUCAUCUCAUUGCUGAUCAAAAUUCACCAACUGUUUGGAAGCGAAUCAGCAUCGCACUAAGUUCCGGGUCCGGUAUAAAGACUGAAGAUUAUUGGAAAAGAAUUUUCGCUGCAGCAAAGACUCGUACGAUGAUCAAGGCACAGUUGUUGCAAUCACUUCAAUGUAACCAAAUGGAAAUUACGGACGAUCUUCAGAUGACCGAAAUUGAGAAUCGCAUACUUCAGCACGAAAAGUCGUCUGCUAUGGAUCCAGCAGAUAUCGAAGAAACUAACAGUAUCGAUCAGUGUCGCGUUUGCUUGGAAUACGGUAACGGAUUUCUCAAUUUAUUUCACGAUAUGCAUGAAACACCAUCAACGAUCGACAAGCUAAUGGAAUGCUCUCGAAUCAGUCAGAUAACCGAAGACGAUGGAUUUCCCCAAAGUAUCUGCGAAAAUUGUACCAACCAAUUGGAAAUGGCCUAUCAGUUCAGGAUAUUGUCCGAAGUCAGCGAGCAUAAACUCAAAAAUAAAAUUGCAUUCAUCGACGAGGAGAAUAUUGUCGAAGUGGACUCGAUCGAAGAAUGUGAUGAUGGUCUAAGCAUAGGUGGCAAUCAUUCCCCAGUUAUUGAUCAGAUGGAAGCUAGCGACGGAUUCGAAAUUUGGGAACCGGAGCAACAGACCGAGAUCGUUGAGCAAGAAGUCGUUUUACAUCAAUGUGAGACAUGUGGAGUUACGUUCGACACUUUGAAAUUGUUGAAAAAACAUAAACGAAGCCACGUUACUGCACCGGUUGCUUUACGAGAAUGUAAAUUAUGUUCGAAAGUUUUCAAAUCGGAAGCGUUGCUUCGAGCUCAUGGUAGAACGCAUAGCGACUUACGCCCUUACAUUUGUGAGACGUGUGGUAAAUGCUUUAAAACAACCAGUCAGCUGGCGAGUCAUUGUCUCACGCAUUCAGAUGUAAAGAAUUUUGAAUGUCCGAAUUGUCCGUAUCGCGGAAACACCAACAACAAUCUGCGAGUUCAUUUGCGAACGCAUACCCGAGUUCAACCGUAUUCGUGCCGUUUUUGUCAAUGGAAAUUCUCCACAGCAAGCAACAUGCAGAAACACAUCCGGAAUAUUCAUCACAAAAUGCGAACACAUCAGUGUUCCGAAUGUGAAAAAUCCUUUUUCGCCAAGGAAUCUCUGCGGAAACAUAUGGUCACGCACACUGGGGUCAAAUUGUAUUCCUGUUCGAUUUGUGCGGCCUCAUACGCUUGGUACAACGGUUUAAAGAAACAUAUGAGAAUUCAACAUGCCGGUGAGAAGUGCCCAACAGAGAUUACAUUUCAAAGGAACAAAAACAUGUGCUGAAUGAGAGUCUCGAUGAAUAAAUUAUUACGAAAACUU